AUGUAUUCACAGUCCGAACUUAAGAGAAGCAUUGCGCAAUUGAAAAAGUUUUGGAGUAAUUUAAAAGCGCAACAAAGGGACGUGCUGACAAAGGAACGGCAGCACGUACUGAGAACUGGAGGAGGACCACCGUUGAAUUCAACGGUAGAACCAGAUCCAGAAAUUGCAGCAUUAACACCGGACCUUAUGUAUACAGCGCCUGUGCUGUAUACAUCAAAUAAUGUGGAGGACAGCAUUAUUAAUAAUCAUGAUAUUGAUACGGAAGAGAUGGAGGACAGGACCGACAUACAAGCCAUCACAGAACCAGCCCAUGCAUCCAUACCAGCCAUCAUGGAACCAGCUGUGACCGACGAAACGUUUGAAACAAUCUCGGAAUUUGAAACAGAAAAUGACACUGCUGUUGUGGAAACGGUAUGCAGAAAAGAAACCCAUAAAGAUGAACUAUAUAACUUAAAAAUAGAACGGAUGAGGCUGAAAGUACAGCAAGAGAAACUAAAGGUUUCUUAUUUACGGCAAAAGUACGAAAAGAAAUUGAAAAUACUCGAUAAAAAACUGAAGGCCGCCGAACACACAACAUGA